AUGGCCGCAAUUCAAGUCACCCUACUCCUGACUCUGGCUACCAGCGCAAUUGCCGGCUAUGCGCCAUACAGAGACGUCCGUGUGGGCUACGGGUACGGCACCCCGUAUGGAGCGUACCCAAUACGAUCUGCCCCGGCCGUCAUUUCCGCUCCUGUGGCCCACGUCGCCUCGACUUACCACGCUACUCCAGUAGUGAAAGCUGCUGUUUCAGCGGUUCCUUCCUACUCAACCUCCUACCGCAGUGACUUGGCCCUCGCCCCCUACUACCAAGCAGCGCCGGCCACAGUCGUGGCGCACGCACCGACCGUGGCGACCGCCGUCCACACUGUCCCGGCGUCCUACUCUAAGGUCACCAAAUUCAACACUUACCACGCUGCACCAGCUGUCGCGGCCACUCCUGCUUUCGCCACUUACCGCUCGGCACCAGUCAUCACCCGCCAGUAUCAAAAUGCUCCCCUGUUCACGUCUUCUGUCCUUGGACUGCCCAACGUGGCUACUACUUACGGUGCAGCACCGUUUGCUACCAAGGUCUACCACAGUGCCCCAGGUGUAGCUACGGCUGUUCACGCCGUUCCAGCUGUCACUGGCGUCACUAAGGUGACAGGCGUCACUUAUCACAAUGCCCCUACCGUGGCCACGUACCGCAGCUCGCCAGUCGUCACCGGAGUGUACCAUAGCUCCCCCGUCCUGACCGCCGGACCGGCUGUUGCUACCGCUGUCCACGGAUUUCCAGCAGUCACCAAGGUUACUGGGUACAGGUCAUCGCCAGUUGUCGCCGGCGUCUACGGAGCCAGCGCUCCUGUUUUGACUGCUGCUGCCCCGGCCACCGUCACCGCCGUUCACGCUGCUCCUGCUGUAGCCACCGUGCACCACGCAGCCACUGGUGUGACACGUGUGACCAAAGCUGACCCAUUCCACGUGAGCGAGCAGCACACCGUCCACACCAGGCCUGUGGUCUCCACAGUGGCUCACUCUCCAGUCUCGACUGUCGCACACGUUCCGGCCUACGGCUACGGAGUCGGAGCCCUUGGUUACACUCAGGGCCUGCCCGUGUAUGGCCACAACUACGGAUACGGACUGGACGCCUUUGGCUACACUGCCAAGAUUCAUAAAAAGUAGGUGACCGAGAACGGAGAAUAGGAAGAAGCCGUCAUCGUUUUACUACCUUCAAGAUAUCGUGCAAGGAUAAACUCCCAACUGCCCAUUUCUCUCCCACUUUU